AUGGUCGCCAAUACAGACUUGACGAAACACCUAGCUCUGAUAGAAUGUGAUGGUGAAUUCGGAGCCACAAACGGCGAAGAAAACGUCGCGCGCCUAGAAGCGCUCCGUACUACGCCACUGUUUUCUUCUGGCAUUCAUACGGCCAUGAACGUCCAGUACCAGGAGGAUAUACUGCCCCAGUAUGCCUUAAUGGGGAUGCGGACGACUUCAUACGAUAGAGCUGAAGAGGGAGAUACCCCCGAAACGCAUGCCAGACGAUCGACGAAUCUGGUGUAUGCCAAUAUCAACGCGCCAUGGUCGACGUUUAUCUGCGGCAGCCAGGGAAGCGGCAAGAGCCAUACGCUCUCAUGCAUGCUUGAAAAUGCACUCCUUCAUCCGUCCGAGACGGGGACGUUAUCAUCCCCACUCACCGGCCUGGUCUUGCACUACGACAAGUUCACGGCAGUAAACACGGGUCAGCUGUGCGAGGCGGCAUAUCUCUCGUCGAAGCUGCCGGUCCGUGUGCUCGUUGCGCCGAGCAAUUUUGGGCAUAUGGAGAAGCUUUAUGCGAACAUACCGGGGCUGCCGGAUGGGACGUCAAUGCCUAAGGUUUCGCGGCUAUAUCUCCGCGAGGACCAGCUGACGUUGGGGAUGAUGAAAGAUUUGAUGGCGGUUAAUGACGAAGCGACGACGCCGCUUUAUAUGGAGAUCGUCACAAAGGUCCUCAGGGACAUGGCUGAAGAGUCGCCUGGUCGACGGGGGACAAAUUUCAAGGAGUUUAAACAGCGCCUCGAGCAACAGGGCUUGAACAAAGGCCAACUAGGCCCGCUGAACAUGCGGCUUGAUUUACUCGAGUCGUUUCUUGAGCAAACUUAUAGAAAGCCAGCUCGAGGACUUGCGGUAGGAAAAGGAAACAAAGGCGAAAAUAUCUGGAACUUCCAGCCGGGCUCCUUGACGAUCGUUGACUUGAGUUGCCCAUUCGUGGACGAAAAUGAUGCGUGCUCACUUUUUAAUAUCUGCUUGAGCAUUUUCAUGGAGCGGCGGAACGAGGGCGGGCGUGUCGUCGCUUUGGACGAAGCCCAUAAGUUUUUGACGACCAACAGCCGCGAAGGGGGUAAUUUAACCGGUACCCUCCUGUCACUGAUCCGCCAGCAAAGACAUCUAGCCACGCGGGUCAUUAUUGCAACCCAGGAACCAACGCUCUCACCGAAUUUACUAGACCUGUGCAACGUAACCAUCGUUCACCGGUUUACUUCCCCUGCAUGGUUCACAACACUGCGUGCCCAUCUGGCUGGCGCAGCCAACGAUGAUAGCAAGCGUAAAUACGGAUCCGAUAAUUUAUUUUCCAGAAUCGUGGCCCUAAAAACCGGGGAGGCUCUGGUAUUUUGCCCCAGCGCGAUAUUGGACAUCGUAUCGGAUGAAGGGUCGGAAGAAGGAACGUUACAAGUAGGCGAGUCCGAGCUGCAUGGGGUAUCUGCGUUGAAGGCAUUAAUGGUUAGAGAGCUGGGACUGCGAUAUGUCCGCGUGAGGAUCCGUAAACGGGUCACUACUGAUGGAGGACGAAGCAUUCUUGCUGAAAACUCAUUGUGA